CGGAGGGGAGGGGGGCUGAGAGCAGUAGGCAUCCCCUGCCCAUGAGGGCCUGAUGGAAAACACAAAGGACCUGCUGCAGGCAUCUUGGAGUGGUUCAAAGUAAAGAUCGAAACCUAAAAAGAAAGGGAGAGACUAGGAAAGAGAAGGGUGCCAACACUUCCGCCUGGGUCUGGCCGCUCGAGAUGUUCUUUUGUAUUGUCGCUUCUCUCCCAACAGAAAGAUGUGGACUGAGCAUUCUUCACGGUCAGAAAGGAAGAGACGUGACUCAUUCGGGAUGUUUGACGGUUAUGAUAGUUGUAGUGAGGACACUAGUAGCAGCUCAAGCUCUGAUGAGAGUGAAGAAGAAGUUGCUCCCUUACCAUCCAGUCUCCCCAUUAUCAAGAAUAAUGGACAGGUCUAUACUUAUCCAGAUGGUAAAUCUGGCAUGGCUACCUGUGAGAUGUGUGGGAUGGUUGGUGUCCGAGAUGCUUUUUACUCUAAGACAAAGCGUUUCUGUAGUGUUUCGUGCUCCAGAAGUUAUUCAUCAAACUCCAAGAAGGCCAGCAUUCUGGCCAGACUUCAGGUAACGGGUAAACCUCCAACUAAAAAGGCUAAAGUUCUGCAGAAACAACCUUUAGUGGCUAAACUAGCAGCAUAUGCUCAGUACCAGGCUACAUUGCAGAACCAAGUGAAGACUAAAACAGCAGCUGUCCCUGUUGAAGGUUUCAGUUGGGGUAACUACAUUACUAGCAAUAAUUUAACAGCAGCUCCUGUCACCUGUUUUAAACAUGCACCCAUGGGGACAUGCUGGGGUGAUAUCUCAGAAGGAGUGCGAGUAGAAGUUCCAAACACAGACUGCAGCCUACCUACCAAAGUCUUCUGGAUAGCUGGAAUUGUGAAAUUAGCAGGCUACAAUGCUUUGCUGAGAUAUGAAGGGUUUGAAAACGAUUCAAGUAUUGACUUCUGGUGCAACGUGUGUGGGUCUGACAUCCACCCAGUUGGUUGGUGUGCAACUAGUGGGAAGCCUCUAGUCCCACCAAGAACAAUCCAACACAAAUACACAAACUGGAAAGCUUUUCUCGUGAAGCGACUUACUGGUGCCAAAACUCUUCCUCCUGACUUUUCUCAGAAGGUUUCAGAAAGUAUGCAGUAUCCUUUCAAACCUUCCAUGAGAGUAGAAGUUGUUGACAAAACGCAUCUCUGUCGAACACGGGUAGCAGUUGUAGACAGUGUAAUUGGAGGACGAUUAAGAUUGGUAUAUGAAGAAAGUGAAGACAAAAAUGAUGAUUUCUGGUGCCAUAUGUACAGCCCACUCAUUCAUCACAUUGGUUGGUCCCGAAGUAUAGGACAUCGCUUCAAAAGAUCUGAUAUUACAAAGAAACAAGACGGACAUUAUGAUGCACCGCCACACUUAUUUGCAAGGGUAAAAGAAGUAGAUCCAAGUGGAGAAUGGUUCAAGGAGGGAAUGAAAUUGGAAGCUAUCGAUCCCUUAAACCUGUCUGCAAUAUGUGUUGCAACCAUUAGGAAGGUGUUAGCAGAUGGAUAUCUAAUGAUCGGGAUUGAUGGCUCAGAAGCAGCAGAUGGGUCUGACUGGUUUUGUUACCAUGCCACCUCCCCUUCUAUUUUCCCUGUUGGUUUCUGUGAAAUUAAUGCAAUUGAGCUAACUCCACCCAGAGGUUAUGCAAAACUCCCUUUCAAAUGGUUUGACUACCUCAGGGAAACGGACUCUAUAGCAGCACCUGUAAAACUCUUCAAUAAGGAAGUUCCAAACCAUGGGUUUCACAUUCGAAUGAAACUGGAGGCUGUAGAUCUUAUGGAACCGCGCCUUGUAUGUGUGGCCACAGUAACCCGCAUCAUCCAUCGUCUAUUGAGGAUACAUUUUGAUGGCUGGGAAGAAGAAUAUGACCAGUGGGUGGAUUGCGAAUCCCCUGACCUCUAUCCUGUAGGGUGGUGCCAAUUAACUGGAUAUCAACUACAGCCUCCUGCACCACAAACAGCAAGAGAUAGCCAGUCAAGUUCGUCAAAGCAAAAGAAAAAGGCUAAGUCACAACAGUACAAAGGACACAAGAAAAAGAGGAAGAUACCAGUUGGGAAGAAACCUGUCAGUUUGUCGAGCCUACCCAUGACAGGUGGGGUGCGGAGGAGCUUCUCUGGUGAUGAAGAGUUGACUCCUCCUCCAUAUCGAACCCUUCCAGCACAGACAGCCCCGGAGGCCUUCCAGCCUCCCAGGACUAGCCAAGAGUUCAGUCCCAGCCUCAAAACAGUGACUUCACUGCAGCUGAAGGAGGAGUUGCUAGAUGGAGAGGAGUAUAACUUUCUUCAAGGAGCAUCUGAUCAGGAAAGCAAUGGGUCUGCCAGCUACUACAUCAAACAGGAACCAUAAGGCAGCUCAAAAAUGUGAGGGGCAGGGUGGUGAUAGUAGAGAAAAGAGCCUUUCUCCAAGACUGACUGACUGAUUUUGUUCCCAUUUCAAUGGUACAGUUGCAGAGCUGUACUUGGGGCACUUUGCUAACUGUAGAUGAAACUUCAGUUGCAAAAUUUUUGGACGGGCAGGGAAACUAUUUUAGUGAAAAAAUUUUACAAUUUAUUAAACAAAAAAUGACAUUUUUGUGUUGUAUUUGAAGCUUUUGAAAGAAUUUUGUAAUAUUUUCAAAUUCAGAUUUAUUGUGCAUUCUUAAACUGAAAUUCUAAUUUUUUGGUAAAAUUAAAGUUUAAUUAGCAGGAUUGCAGGAAACUGUUUGAGGAGGAUAUAGUUGCAAAUACAUAUGAACUGUCAUUACAAAUGAACCUUGUUGGUACAAGUUGGGAGAUUUUGGACUUUUGUGAGCUGUAUGAGUCACACCUCUGUUUUUUCAUUAUGAAAAUACUGAAGUCCUGACUUUGGGGCAUAAAAACAUAUACAUGGUUUAAGGGGACCAGCCCUGCCAAGCCUUACUUGUGUGAGUAGCCCAAUUUCAAUGGGGGUGCUUCCAUGAAGUGUGGUAUUAACUUUUCAAGAUGGUUACUCCAUUUAGGGCCUGAUUCAAUGCCCAUUGAUUUCAGUGGGUCUUGGAUUGGGCCCUUAAUCUUGGGAUGCUCAAGUAAAUGUUUACAGAGCCCUGUGUUAAACUGGAACUUCAGCAGAUUCUCUCGUGGAAAAUUACAAGAAACUAAGUGUUUAAACUAGAAAUUCAGGACCAUUUCCUGUUUCCUGUUUGGAUGGAAAACACGUUUGGGGGAGGACGGAAUCUGAGGACCUUUUUUUCUGGUUUUAUUCCCCAGAAAAAUCUAGACUCCUGCUUUCCAUCUCUUCAAAUACUUGUGUAUGUUGGUAUCCUCCAGAGAUGUACCAGAUGAACUAGAAAAAUACUUACUAUGAAGGCAAAAAUUUACUCUCAGUUCUGCAGAGGUUUUAAUAUUCUGCUCUCCAAGAAUAUAACAAUGGAGUUGGGAUCUGAAAAAAAAAUAAUUAUUUUUGGUAAAUUGGACUCAUUUGGUUCUAGAAGACUGGAAUCCUUCCAGUCUCACUUUAAUCGUCUCAUUAUUUUUGACUCUUUAACUGAACAGAUAUUUUUAGACAUAUUCGCAGGAGAUUAUAGUGACUAACAUCAACAUAUGAGGAUUUUUAAUAAGUGCUGAAUAAUUUAAUCCCCUCUCCCAUUUUUAAAUCCAUGUGGAUUUUGGCAGGUGGCCUAAUUCUUGGAGUUGAUUAGCAGCCUGAUUUUUUUUUCCACCCUGCAGAGUUGUGACUGGAAGAAUGGGCAUUGAGAGCUUUAGCUUUUACCAGUAAGGUUCAUUAACUAAACUCUCAGGAAUAAACUGCAUAUGUUCUAUAAGUGCUUCUGGGUCUUUGCAGGUCCCCUUCAGAGCAGUACAUGAUCAUCUGACUCUUGACCCAUAUAGUAGGGCUUAGAAGAAAUCAAUCAAAAUUAUUAACUUCUAUGGUCCUUCAGCCUAAGAAAUGCUUUAAUGAUAUCAGCCCACAGAGCCCCAGGAUACCAUUUUUUGGUAUAUUAUUGUUUGAACUUUUUAAAAAAAAAUGCAUAGAAAGUUGAAAACCAGCAAUUUGAUUAUUUUCUAAAAUAUUGCUCUAACUUUGGGUACAAGCAUUGUUAAUAUGCACAGGUUUACCUCAUUCUAUGCAAGAGAGGAUAAUGUAAAGUUUUGUAGUUACUACUGAAAGUAAAACUUGUCCUGUAUAGUGUAGGAAUGUAUGGAAACCUUUUCUCCUCUCCCCCAGUCACAUUUUUGUAAUAUUGACCCCUCUUUGAAAGCUGGUUAUCAGGUGUGAAAUAUCGGUGAGUUCAGGUGGAAAAGAUAUUUUAGCUCUAAAAUACGCAUAUUAAAAGUACUCUGUCAAGGUUGACCAGUUUCAAAUUUACUCCCUUCAGCCCCCGGUCCCUGCAAUUCAUUUACUUUAUUUAAAACGCAAAAGAAAAAAGAAAAAAAAAAUAAAAAUCAGAGCCUUCCAAAACAAGGGCUGCAAUGUAGUUUUACAAUCCUGGUUCUUGGUCAGAGGGAUGGAAAGGCAAGUCCAGGAUUUUGGAUGACAUAUGCUUGAAACAAAGGCAUUUUGGUGAGCCUCGGUCACACCAAGUACUGUCUGUCACCUAUCAAAAAGUCAGAUUCUGCUGGUACUUCCUCAGGUUGGUUAGUAUUUGAAUGCAUUGAUGUCACUAGGAUUAGUCGCACGCAAUAUAAAGCAAAGCUGGUGGAAUUAGGCCCACAGAGCACAAGGGAUGCAUGAGAUGCAUCUGCUUUCAUAAAGCCUCUACUUCCAUAGAAUAACACUUAAGCCACGUCUAUACUUGUGGCUAAAUUGGCACUGCUGUAAAUCGAUGCAGCAGUGUCGAUUUAGCGGGUCUGGUGAAGACAAGCUAAAUUGAUGGCAGAGUGCUCUCCCAUCAGAUGUCUGUAUGCCACCUCCCCGAAAGGUAAGUCGGCGGGGGAGUGUUUCCCAUCAACGUAGCGUGGUGUAGAGACCGCUGUAAGUUGACCUAAGUUAGCGUAACUUAGAUCGAUUUACAGCAUUAGUGUAGACUAGCCCUAGUGGCACAAGUAGCCCAUUUGACUUCAGGAGAACGGCUGUUGUAUGAAUAAGGGUUGAUGUGAAAAAGAGUUGUGGAAUUGGGCCCAUAGUUACAUGUCAAAUCGUGAGGGCAAAAAAUCCAGAUUCCUGGGCUUAUGUUUGUUGCCCAGCUUCAGAACUUGGAUUAUCCAAACUAUUAUAACCCUGAAUUGGGCUAGAUUUUAAGGGGACUCUUCGGAUUUUUAUAGUAAAAUGCACUUGUAGGGGGAGGGGUGGAGAAUUGUGUGUCUCACAUUUGGGGGUCUGUCAACCUUUAUAAUAUUCCUUGAAAAUGGUUAUUUAAAAACUAAACAUGGCUAUCUGCAAGCUGAAUUCCACCCUCAGAUAUACAUGCUGACUUUGGUGGGAAUUUCAUGUGUAUUUGAGGGUGGAAUUUCAGUCUGGUUUCUGAAUCCAAAGAAUACCUACCUGUCAAGUACAGUGAAACCUAUCCUAAGCAAAGCAUGUAAGGAAUCACCUAAAAUCACGUGCUUGGGAGAGGUUUGUUUAUGUAAAAGUUGAGCAAAAUUGUACUAGAUUCAUACUUGGAGUGGUCUUUAAAGUGGUCUCUUAAAACAGUGGGUUACCUGUUGGCAGUGGUAUCUUUAGUACAGGCUUCACUGAAUAUGUACUAGUAUUAAUUAAUAACAUGGUUCAAAGAAUUUUCUUCCUUCAUUCUACUGUGAACCAUGUUACUUGGCUAAAAGAAAGGUGAGGUGUUAAAAGUCUGAAAUCUCUGACGUCUAAAGUUGGGGAUCAACAGUCAUUUCAAUAUUUGGCAUAGCAAGUUUUUGUAACCAAGGGGUAGUGCAAAUAACUAAACUUACCUUGUAACAGCCCCCUUCUUUUAUGGCUCAGAAUGAAUUUUACUGCUGACCUUGAUUUUAUGUUUUAAAUGCAACUUCUUAACCUUUUCCUUGCUGUGUAUAAGGAAAGCUAAAGCAGUUAUCAAUUUCGUGUUUUACGGAUACUAACACGGGUUUCAGUGUUUGUUUGUUUUUUAUUAUUAUUGUUUUUAUGUGAUGUGAAUACCCUCUCCCACCAAUAUUUGUACUAUGGUGCUAAUAUAUAUUUGGUAACAAUCCUUUAUUGGGAAGGGAUUAAAAAACUGUGAUUAAACUGAAUUUUUCUUCCUUUUAAUUUUCAUAUUUAAAAAAAGAAGUCACAGCCAUUUAUACAACAAAAAGCAUCAGCUUUUGCCCUUGGGAAAAUAUAUUGGGGUGGGAAUCAAGAUGAAAUGAAUAGGGUUUUUACAUCAUUUCUGUAUGUAUUUGAUAUAUAGAUCAAUAUCUGUACAAAUUUAAUCUUUUAUUUUCUUGGUAAUUUGUGUGGUCAAUGAGAGAGUGUUUAAAACUUUCUCAUGAAAUGUAUAUAAUUAAGUGAAAAAUGCUUUUGGAGAAAUUAAUGUUACUUUCAUUUUUACCAGACUGCAGAUUUUCAGCAUGGAUGUGAAAAGCAUUAAAAUUAUAACUUUGUGUACAAGAUGAAAAUA